AUGGCUUCUUCCCGUCAAAUCCCCCUCAGCACGAAUGCGCCUUCCGCCGAGGCGGCUGCCCCCCAACGCGGGUCUUCUCCCCCUCCCACCGAGGCGCCUCCCACUUCUUCUGCUCCACUGCAAUCCGAGGCGCCCGUCGUUCGUGACGCCCCGAAUGCCUCUGCAACCCCUGCCACAUCGAGUAAGUCUUCCUUCAUGCGCCUUCCUUGUUAG